CCUCACACCCCGCACCGGCAUCAUGGCCGCCUUCGCACCGUCCGCUUCCACCAGCAGCUGGACGCCGUCCUCGUGGCGCACGCGCCCCGUGGCGCAGGAUGUGGCCUAUCCGGACGCAGCGGCGCUCGAGGCUGUCACGCAGCGCCUGGCUGUGCUGCCGGGGCUCGUGACGCCGAAUGAGGUGGACCGGCUGAGGAAGCAGCUGGCGGAUGUUGCGCAGGGAAAGGCCUUUCUGCUGCAGUCCGGUGACUGUGCCGAGCUCUUCAGCGACUGCGAGCCACGCAAGAUCGACGCCAAGCUCAAGCUGAGCCUGCUCAUGUCGCUCGUGCUCAUCUGGGGCGCGCGUCUGCCCGUCGUGCGCGUCGGCCGCAUCGCUGGACAGUAUGCCAAGCCGCGGAGCAAGGCGACGGAGAUGGUCAAGACGGCAGAGGGAGAGCAGGAGGUGCUGACGUUCAGAGGCGACAACGUCAAUGCCUUUGCUGCCGACCCAGCUGCGCGCCAGCCUGAUCCACAGCGACUGCUGCUGGCGUACUUUCACUCCAGCACGACGCUCAACCACAUCCGCGGCGCGCUGGGCAGUGGCAUUGCCGACCUGCAUGCGCCCCACUCCUGGUCGCUCGCCCACGUCCGCUCUCCAGCGCUGCAGCGCGAAUUCUCCAGCGUCGUCGACUCGCUGGGCGAUGCGCUGCACUUCAUGAAGGUCGUUGGCGCAGACCGCGCCGAUGGCGUGCGCGGUAGUCUCGAGAGCGUCGACUACUUCACCAGCCAUGAGGGCCUCAUGCUGGAGUACGAAGAGGCCUUGACGCGGCGCGCAGCCGGCGUGCCGGGCGCCUCGUACCAGACCUCCGAGUCCCCUUCCUCAAGCGAAGGUGCCUCGAGCGGCGCGCACUACACGCUCUCUGCGCACACGAUCUGGCUCGGCGACCGGACGCGGCAGUUGGACGGCGCGCACGUCGAGUACUUCCGUGGCCUGGCAAACCCCAUCGGCAUCAAGGUCGGGCCCAGCAUGAAGCCGGCUGAGCUGGUCGAGCUCCUUGCGCUGCUGGACCCAAAGGCUGAGGUCGGCCGCUGCACGCUCAUCUGCCGCUUCGGCGCUGGCAAGGCGCCUUCGCUGCUUCCACCGCUCAUCCGUGCCGUCCGCGCCUCUGCCCAUGCUGACUCCGUCAUCUGGUGCUGUGACCCAAUGCACGGCAACACGCGUACCUCGCCUCUCGACGCAUCUAUCAAGACGCGCGCGUUCGGCGACAUCGUCACCGAAGUGGUUGAGAGUCUGGCGGUGCAUGCUCAAGAAGGCUCGCGCCUGGGAGGCGUCCACCUUGAGCUCACUGGCGAGGUGGACGCGCGUGGAGAGAGCGUGACGGAAUGUGUGGGAGGCAGCAUGGAGCUGAGCGCAGAGGACCUUAGCAGACGCUACAUGACGCACUGCGACCCACGCCUCAACUACGAGCAAUCCCUCGACAUCGCCUUCCUGCUCUCCCACUCGCUGCGAGCUCGGAGACUGGGUCGGGCUCCUUCACAGAGCCGCCUGCGACCUACAGCGCUGGACCGCCAGCCGUCGCCCGUGCCACCGCCGCAGCAACACCAGACAGCGGCGAAUGGAGCAGCGGAGGGGCAAGAGACGGAGGAAAGGAUCUUGGCCGAGCUCGUGCGCGGCAUUGCCAACCGGCCGUGAGCGUGCGCAAAGGG